UUUCACAAAUCUCCCAAUAUAUAAAUAAAGACCUUUAACUCCUAAAACCAAAAACCAUCAUCAACCACUUUAAAACUUUCUAAGCAAGAGACUGAGAGAACUCCGAUUUUCUUUCUAAGAUUUUCUCAAAUCAACAAAAACAAAAUGGCUUUUUGGUCUGCUGAAAAUGCUACUAAAGCCUACCUUACUACAUUGAAACAGGAUCAAAGAACAAAAGAACCAAACGUGGCUGAGUUCAUAUCGGCUCUAGCCGCCGGAAAUAACGCAAGAAAGAUCGUCGUGGCUUGUGCCGGUGCAGCAAAUGCUGACAUAGUCGUUGCCCUAAUCGCUGCGGCUAAUCAAACGCGCGGUCAAGUGGUAUGCGUCUUACGUGGCAUAGAAGAACUAAUCAUAUCCAAGAAAAUGUUGGAACCAUCAGAGAUUCAUCAGAUACAAUUCGUGGUUGGAGAAUCUAACGACAACACUCUAAUUAAUGAUCAUUUUGGAGAAGCAGAUUUCGUUCUCGUCGAUUGUAAUCUCAAGAACCACCAAGAUAUUGUUAGAAAGAUUGUUAAUAACCAUGAAGAAAACGCAAGAACCGGCGGUGGAAGCGGUGUGGCCGUUGUGGUGGGUUAUAACGCGUUUUCGAGAGGAUCUUGGAGAUUUAGCGAUGGGAGGAAAACGCAGUUUUUACCUAUAGGUGAAGGGUUGCUGGUGACGAGGGUUAACGAUAAUGGUAGUUAUAACCAGAAGACGAUGAAAAAGAACAAUGGCCAUCAUCAUCACCAUGACCACGUGAGAAAGAGUAAUUGGGUGGUGAAAGUUGAUAAGUGCACAGGAGAGGAGCAUGUGUUUAGAGUUAGGGCUCCACGAGGAGAAGCCAUUAUUGGAGCUUAAUUAAACAUUUAGAUAUCAUUGGGUACUUUAAAGCAAAAAUCACCUCUGUAAUGGUUCAGACGAGUGGAGUAGUAAGAAGAUUAGUUAUUUUGUAUAAGUAAUUAAAAAGAGUUUGGAUUAGUAUUGGAGUGUUAUGUUUGUAUGAACAGAAAAUAUGUGUUUCAUUUUCUUUUCUUUUUGUAUGUGUGAAUAUGAAGAGAUGUGUUUCGUUUUUAAUUUCUUUUCA